AUGGAUGCUGCAGCAUCUAAGUCUAGGGUGGACCGUACCUUCGGGCAAUUUGUUCGCGUAUUGAUCGACAUGGACCUGACACGUACAUUGAAUCACAAUGUUUUGGUUGAAAGAGAAGGCUUUGCGUUUUUCUCAGACAUUGAAUAUGAAAACUUACCUGAGUUCUGCACGCACUGCAGAAAAUCGGGUCAUGUGGUGCAAAAUUGCAAACUGCUAAGACCCCCUAUGAACUCUCAUGCUCCAAAGCCGCAGGAGCCUGCAUUACUUAAUAAAAGUCCUACCGAAUCAGAUCAUGCUGAUUCUGUUCACUUAGAAGCUAGAGCGGAUGAUGGUGAUUUUGGUGGAAAUAAUUCUGAUAAUACCUUGAAAAAACAGGAUUUGGUGAAUGAUGUACCUGAAGCUGAAGCUUUGCUGAAUGGCUUGGCUGUUGAUGACCCUGUUUUGGUUCCUGUAAACUCUCUAAAUUUUGUUACUCAUCCCUCACGGAACAACGACUCUCAGCUAUCAGAGUUUGUAGACGCAACGCAGUUUGAUGUCGCCAAAGCUGAUGAAGGAGCUGUUUUUCUCCAGAAAUCUUGGGAUAACCUUGCUGAAGAAGAUGAACCUAUAGAAGGAGCCUUCUCAAAUGCGAUCUCCAAUCUCAACAAAAAGAAACACACAACUAGAGUAAAAAAGAAACACUCUUCAAGGUCUCAAGCAGGGCCAAAAACAGUGUCAUCAUGA